GGUAAAACCGUAAUUUAGUUUUGGCAAGAGGGACAGUUUGUCAGUUUGGUUCAGAAACAACUCAAACAUGGCUCAACAAGAAUACAAGUUGCUUAGUGACAAACUGUUCACGUACAAAGGAAUGGUCUUUCCACUGAAUGACACGCAUGACCUUACUACGGAUUAUAUUGACAGUUUGGAGGAUUUUGAAAUAAGGAAUGAUGAUCUCUUUCUUGUUACCUUCCCGAAAUCUGGUACUGUAUGGACCCAACGGAUCAUGACUUUACUAUUUGAGGAAGAUUUCCCUGAAAAAGUGAACCAAAUCACGUAUGAGCAGAUGCCUUGGCUAGAGUUUCGGGAAAAGGAGAAAGAUUACACCUCACGUCCAUCCCCAAGACUUUUCUGUUCCCAUUUACACCAGCACAUGGUGCCCAAGGGGCUGCAAGGAAAAGGAAAAAUCAUCUAUGUCAUGCGAAACCCCAAAGAUGUCAUGGUGUCAUAUUUCCAUUUUUCGAAGAACAUGAAGACGCUGGAUUCUUCUGAGAGCUAUGAUGAGAUGUUGGAGAAGUUCUUCACAGGGUUAAUGGUCGGUGGCUGUUGGUUUGACCACAUUAAAGGAUGGAUCACAAAUAAAGACAAAUAUGCCAUCCUGUUCCUCACGUAUGAAGAGAUGAUCAAGGAUCUCAGGUCUGUCAUACUCAAAAUCUGUGGGUUUAUUGGGAAGAAUCUGUCGGAUGCAGCGAUUGACAAAGUGGUGGAGACAGCCACUUUCAAUCACAUGAAAAAAGACCCAACAGCCAACUAUGAAUUCCUUUCUGAGAAUGUCACCAAUCAGCCACAAGGACUAUUUCUGCGCAAAGGAACAGUCGGGGACUGGAAGAACUCAUUAACAGUGGCUCAGAAUGAAAAAUUUGACCAGGUCUACCAAGAAAGAACAAAGGGUCUUUCUCUUGACUUUAACUGGGACAUCUCGGAGUUAUUUGGCUGAAAGAUAACACAUUAAUAUUAUGUUAUAUAAUGUCAUGAAUCUACAACUACUACACCACCCAAGGUGCACCACCAAACAGAGUUUCUGAAAGUAAAUGACAAGACUAAAUGUUUUCUGAAAAGUUUUAAUCAAUGUUUAUCAAUAUCUACACAAAUGUUAAUAAAGUUAUCAUAAUAACCAACUAUAAAAAGCAUGGCAUCAAAUGCGCCUGGUUGGCUAUUUAUGGUGAGUUUUGAUUGAAAAUCUGAUAUGGUCACUGGUAAUUAUGUACAUUGAAUGGUAUAUGUACAGUUUUUUGAAAGCAACAAUCUGAAUUAACAAUAGUGUCAUUUGUUUAUCAAUAGUGUCAUUUAUACACUCAUGUUGUAAAUGUAGAUAAAUGUUUACACUUAUACCUCUUCAAUAAAUUGUUCACUAUAUUUUAGAAAUAAGGAUGAUUAUAAUGAAGGACAAAACCUGCAAAAAUAAUAAAUAAAUAAAUAAAUAAAUGUAAUAAUAAGAAAAUAAAUAA